GCUGAUGGGUUGGGCGUCUUGCUCUGUCUCAGAGAAGUGUUUCCCGUGCUAGAAAGAAAAGAGCGACAGUUACAAUCUGUUUAAAGUGUUUUUUUCUCUAAAGUGUUUUGUUCUCGUUUAUGGGUGCUCGAUUUUCAGUAAACUCGGCACUGGCUGGUGUUGCCAGUGUAUUUUAGUUUAAAGUUAUCGGCUUUUGUCGGCGAAACUUUCGAAAGUAGUGACAACGACUCGGUGCGUGUCAGGAUGGCCCAGUGGAACCAGUUACAGCAGCUGGAAACCAGGUAUCUGGAGCAACUCUACCACCUGUACAGCGACAGCUUUCCUAUGGAGCUACGGCAGUUCCUGGCCCCAUGGAUUGAGAGUCAGGACUGGGCCUAUGCUGCCAACAAGGAGUCGCACGCUACACUGGUGUUCCACAACCUUUUGGGAGAAAUAGACCAGCAGUACAGCCGCUUCCUCCAGGAGAACAAUGUGCUCUACCAGCAUAACCUGCGCAGGAUCAAACAGCAUCUGCAGAGCAAAUAUCUGGAGAAGCCGAUGGAAAUCGCUCGAAUUGUUGCCCGUUGUCUGUGGGAAGAACAGAGGCUCCUGCAGAACGCCACCACUGCAUCACAGAAUGGUCAGGCAGCCCAUCCCACUGGAACUGUUGUGACAGAGAAACAGCAAAUGUUGGAGCACAACCUUCAAGACAUCAGGAAGCGGGUUCAGGAUAUGGAACAGAAGAUGAAGAUGCUCGAAAACUUGCAAGAUGAUUUUGACUUUAAUUACAAAACCCUGAAAAGCCAAGGAGAGUUGUCCCAGGAUCUGAACGGAAACAGCCAGGCAGCUGCCACAAGGCAGAAGAUGUCUCAGCUGGAGCAAAUGCUGAGCGCGCUGGACCAGCUCCGGAGGCAAAUUGUGACCGAGAUGGGGGGCCUGCUGACUGCCAUGGAUUACGUACAGAAGAAUCUAACCGAUGAAGAGCUGGCAGACUGGAAGAGAAGACAACAAAUUGCCUGCAUCGGAGGUCCACCAAACAUCUGCCUCGAUCGCCUCGAAACAUGGAUCACGUCCUUGGCCGAGUCCCAGCUCCAGAUACGUCAACAGAUCAAGAAGCUGGAGGAGCUUCAGCAGAAGGUGUCCUACAAAGGAGACCCCAUCAUUCAGCAUCGGCCCGCCCUGGAGGAAAAGAUCGUGGACUUGUUCAGAAACCUGAUGAAGAGUGCCUUUGUGGUUGAACGGCAGCCGUGCAUGCCCAUGCAUCCAGACCGACCUCUGGUCAUAAAAACAGGAGUGCAGUUCACAACUAAAGUCAGGUUACUGGUAAAGUUUCCUGAACUCAAUUAUCAGCUGAAAAUUAAAGUCUGCAUCGACAAAGAAACGGGGGAUGUAGCUGCAAUUCGAGGAUCACGAAAGUUCAACAUCCUUGGUACUAACACAAAAGUCAUGAACAUGGAGGAGUCUAACAACGGGAGCCUUUCUGCAGAGUUCAAACACUUGACCUUACGAGAACAAAGAUGUGGCAAUGGUGGCCGGACUAACAGUGAUGCCUCUCUGAUUGUAACAGAGGAGCUCCACCUCAUCACCUUUGAGACAGAAGUCUAUCACCAAGGCCUGAAGAUAGAUCUGGAGACUCAUUCGCUGCCUGUGGUAGUCAUUUCAAACAUCUGCCAGAUGCCCAACGCCUGGGCUUCCAUCCUGUGGUACAACAUGCUCACCAAUCACCCAAAGAACGUGAACUUCUUCACCAAGCCUCCAGUGGGGACUUGGGACCAAGUGGCCGAAGUGUUGAGCUGGCAGUUCUCCUCAACCACAAAGAGAGGCCUGACCAUCGAGCAGCUCACCACUUUGGCUGAGAAACUACUUGGGCCAUGUGUCAACUACUCUGGAUGCCAAAUAACAUGGGCCAAGUUCUGUAAGGAAAACAUGGCUGGCAAAGGCUUCUCCUUCUGGGUGUGGCUGGACAACAUCAUCGACCUGGUGAAGAAGUAUAUCCUUGCACUGUGGAAUGAAGGGUACAUCAUGGGUUUUAUCAGCAAGGAGAGGGAGAGAGCCAUUCUGAGUCCAAAACCUCCUGGCACUUUCCUGCUGCGCUUCAGCGAGAGCAGCAAGGAGGGGGGCAUUACGUUCACAUGGGUAGAAAAGGACAUCGGAGGAAAGACUCAGAUCCAGUCGGUGGAGCCGUACACCAAGCAGCAGCUCAGCAACAUGUCUUUCGCUGACAUCAUCAUGGGCUACAAGAUCAUGGACGCCACCAACAUUCUGGUUUCACCUCUUGUUUAUCUGUAUCCCGAUAUUCCCAAAGAGGAUGCUUUUGGUAAAUACUGCAGGCCAGACGCAGCUCAUGAACCUGAGCCGAGCGACUCGAUGAGCAUUACUCAGCCAUAUUUGAAGACAAAGUUCAUCUGUGUUACCCCGUGUCCCUCCGUGUUCAUGGACUUGCCAGACAGUGAGCUGCUUGGGAACGGAUUCCCAGGCACAAACUCUGGAAACACCAGUGACCUGUUCCUCAUGUCGCCUCGCACCCUCGACUCUCUCGACUCCCUGAUUCCCGGUGAAGCUGAAGCCACUCAAGGACAUUUGGAUUCGAUCACGGUGAACAUGGACGUUGCCUCUCCAAUGUGACCGCAAACGUCAGCCUCUUUAGUUUCUUUUAGUUUGUUUUUGUCGGCACGCUGAGCUGAGGAUUCAGCCCUGGUUUGUUUCUCCUCCACUCGCAGUUUACCUGUACAGUUUGUUUUCUGUUCCUCUGUAAAAUCGCCCCCACGUCA